AUGCAUGAGUUCAAGCUUGGACUCUCCUUCGAAGCUGAGGAGGAGUUCAGAAAGCAUCUGGACAAUGCUGGAGACAAGUUGAUGGAAGGCCCGUCGGAUGAGAUUGCAAGGCAAACUCUCUACAAGGGUCCAUUUGAAGAAUUCCAGAGACGCUUGCGAGCCGGAACAGAGCAGUGGAACAGCCAGGCGCAGGAUGGCGGCGCACCCUCCAUAAGAAGCAGCGGAAGCAGGAAGCAGGAAGCAGCGGAAGCAGCAGGCCAGAACCGGGGCCGGAAGCGCAAGCUUAGUGGCGAGUCAGCAGUCGAAGAAGGGGCAACAAGCGAGCAGACAGCAAUUAAUCUUUGCGUAGCAGCCACGGCUAUCAACAUCAAAACGGCUGAGACGGAGGGUGCUAUCGCACUAUCGUCGAAUGGUGAUGAUUGCCAAGGCGCUGGCGAGGAGACUUUCGAGUCGGGCGAAGAGGAGACCACAUUGGACCGGGAGAUGCUGGAGGAUUGUCCUCAACAGGUCGAAUCUGUGCACGAUCCUGGUCCUGCGAAUCAAGAAAGAGAGAUCGAUGCGGGCGACAAGGGGCCGGACGGUUCUGACUCAACUUCAUCAGAUGGCGGUGACGAUUGCGAAGGUGCUGACGACGAGUCUUCUGAAUUGGACGACGAGGAGACUCCGUUUGACAAAGAGAUGCUGGACGACCGUUCACAGCCGAUUGAUUCAGCACACGACCAUCGUCUUGCGGACCAAGAAAGAGAGAUGGGAGCAAGUACAAUG